CCUUUACGGUGUUGCACCAAAACGGGAAGUUGUUGGUACGUUGCUGCAAAAAAAAUCUGUUCUCUCCUGAGCGGAAUGAAUGGAUGUUCUGAUGCACUAAGGUGCCUUUGCUCACAUCUCUCCAAGAUGACAUGAAUCUUUAAGCUCGUUUAUUGACCCUCACGCGUUUGUCUUCCACGUUCUCCCUCCUUUGGGCACCAUGGCCACAAGGAUGAAGCUGAAGCUGAAGACUGUGUUUGUGCUCUACUUCAUGGUGUCCCUCAUGGGUCUGGUCUAUGCGCUGAUGCAGCUUGGUCAGCGGUGUGACUGCACAGAGCAUGACAUGCCCAAAGACCGUACCAUAUCCCGGCUGCGGGGGGAGCUGCACCGUCUCCAGGAGCAGAUGAGGAAGUCUGAGGCGACCAAGCAACCCCAGAAACAGCCAGCAAAGCCGUCCCAGCCCACCAUCUUUGUGAUCACCCCAACAUAUGCAAGGCUGGUGCAGAAGGCAGAGCUAACUCGUCUUUCUCAGACCUUCCUCCAUGUUCCUCAGCUCCACUGGAUUGUGGUGGAGGACUCGCCACACAAGACACCACUGGUGUCUGACCUGUUGGUGAAGAGUGGUCUGGCCUACACUCACCUACACAUGCCCACUGCCAAGGACCGCAAACUGCAGGAGGGUGACCCGAGCUGGCUGAAGCCUCGUGGAGUUGAGCAGAGGAAUGAGGGUCUACGGUGGCUCAGAGAAGACCGAAGAGCUCAGCCAGGAGGAGACAACCAGCAGGGAGUGGUUUACUUCGCUGACGACGAUAACACAUACAGCCUGCAGAUAUUCGAAGAGAUGAGGGACACCGUGCGGGUGUCUGUGUGGCCUGUUGGGCUAGUUGGAGGGAUGAAAUAUGAGAGACCUGUGGUUGAAGGAGGAAAGGUGGUUCGCUUCCAUACCGGCUGGCGUCCCAGUCGCCCCUUCCCCAUGGACAUGGCUGGCUUCGCUGUGUCCCUCAAACUGGUCCUAGCCAAUCCAGAGUCUUGUUUUGAUGGAGAGGCACCAAUGGGCUUCCUGGAAAGCAGCUUCCUUCAGGGUUUGGUUACCAUGGAUGAACUGGAGCCCAAAGCAGACAACUGUUCCAAGGUGCUGGUGUGGCACACGCGGACAGAGAAACCCAAGAUGAAAAGAGAGGAUGCGCUGCAGGCUCAGGGACUUGGUUCAGACCCUGCUGUGGAGGUCUGAGGAAAACACACACACACAUACCCGCACACUCUAACACAUUGUAAAGCGUACUCUGCUGUUUAAUGCUGCAUAUGUAACUGCGUUGUAAAUACUGUACAAGAGAAAAUAUUGUUCAGAGUUUAACAAGAAGUUUACCUUGUUAUGACUCUGUUGUUUAGUGUUGGGUAGUAAAUGUAGGUGUGUUGAAUGAGUGUGUGUUGUUACAACUGUGCUGGCUGUAUAUUAGUGUAAGUAAAAGGUUUUCUUUGAGUUCAGUGGGUAAAAAAACAUUUCUGUGUAUGGACUCUGGAGUUUAGACCCCUGCCUGAUGGGGGCACCAGUGUUAAUAUUGGCUACGUCAUGCUGUUACAUCACUGGUACAUUUUUGUUUAAAGAUGGAGGCAUGAUGCAUCUUAUUACAAACGUCCAUUCUAGUGGAUUUUUACAUGUUACUUGUUGUCGAUGGAAUCCUUCCGUGUAACUCAUUCCACUUUGAUAUUUUGAGUAAACAGAGUCUGUCUCUGUCUUCUGUUUGAAUCUGA